AUGACCCAGAAGGCAAUUAAAGGCAGUGCUUUGGCAGAUUAUCUCGCACAUCAGCCUAUAGACGACUAUCAAUCAAUGCAGUGUGAAUUCCCAGAUGAAAACAUAAUGACACUAUUUAAUGGAGAAAGGUCACCACAAGAAGAUAAAUGGAUCAUGUUGUUCGACGGUUCUUCCAACAUGUUGGGGCAUGGAAUUGGAUCUAUACUCAUCUCUCCAGAAAAACAAUAUACUCCUAUCACGGCUAGGUUGUGUUUCUAUUGCACCAAUAAUAUAGCAGAAUAUGAAGCAUGUACUCUGGGGAUACAAGCAGCUAUCGAAGCGAAAGCCAAAAUACUUGAGGUAUACGGUGAUUCAGCCUUGGUCAUUCAUCAGUUAAAAGAGGAGUGGGAAACUCGAGACACAAAAUUAAUUCCUUACCAAGCUUACAUUAAGGAAUUGAUAAGACAAUUUGAGAAAAUCACUUUUAAUGAAAUCCCUCGAGAAGAUAACCAAUUAGCAGAUGCACUAGCCACCUUGUCAUCUCUGUUCAUGUUGAGUAAUAAUGAAGAUAUGCCACUUAUAAAGAUUCAAUGUCGUGACCAACCUGCAUAUUGUCAGUCAGUGGAAGAAGAGCCAGAUGGAAAUCCUUGGUACUAUGAUAUUAAAGAGUAUAUCAAAAGCAGACAAUAUCCACCAAAUGCUUUAAAGAAUGGAAAGAGAACUUUGAGAAGACUAGCCAUGAGUUUCUUUCUAAAUGGAGAGGUGUUGUAUAAGAGAAAUCAUGAUAUGGUUUUGCUUAGAUAUGUAGAUGCGGUUGAAGCUCAACAGAUUAUCAAAGAAGUUCAUGAAGGCUCUUUUGGCACUCAUACCAACAGGCAUGCCAUGGCAAGGAAAAUCUUAAGGGCUGGUUAUUAUUAG